UUAAAUAUUACAUUUUAUUUGCUUUUGAAACGCGUAUAUAAGGAUAAAAUUAACUUAUUUAUUAAAUUUUUUAUUAACUAUAUUAUAAAAUCCGAGUUUUUUAUUACUUUCCGUAAGGCUUAUAAUAAGAUUUUUUUAAAUAAAAAUAUUAAAUCUAUUUUUUAUAGAGUUAAAAUUUUAUUAUAA